AUCUGACUGGCCCGCGCGUCCUAAUUUUUAAUGGAGAUUCUUCUUAUCAUGGAGGACAAGGUGACGUGGCAAAUAUCAUAUAAAUUCGAGAGCGAAGACACACACAGGCGUGGCAUUUCGUUGGACGUCGACCUGACUUUAUCUGUUCGAUUGUAGUUGAAUACCGACAUUGUGUAUAAUAGAGUGACCAAGAAGAUCCCUACUAUGGCCCAAGAACACGAGCUUUCGGAAAAGGAACUGGAUGAAAAGGCUGUGGAAUAUUUUCGAGAAUAUCUACGCAUACCAUCGGUGCAACCGAACGCUAAAUAUGAGAAAUGCGUUGAAUUUAUACUGACACUGGCAGAAUCUUUUCACUUGCCGGCUAAAGUGUAUCAUUUACAUCCCGGGAAGCCAGUGGUGAUUAUCGCAUGGGAAGGAACGGACUCGAGCAAGUCGACGAUCCUCUUGAACAACCACAUGGACGUUGUCACGACUUACCCGGACAAAUGGUUGUAUCCGCCGUUCAGCGCGCACAUGGAUGAGGACGGCAAUAUUUAUGCACGUGGCAGCCAAGACAUGAAGAGCGUGGGAAUGCAAUAUUUAGAAGCGAUUCACAGAUUCAAGCUGAACGGUAAGCGUUUCUCGCGAACUGUUUACAUUUCUUUUAUGCCGGAGGAGGAGGUCGGUGGCGAGCAUGGCAUGAAAGACUUCGUGCAAAGCGCAUAUUUCAAGUCCCUGAACGUCGGCUUUGCGCUGGACGAGGGUAACGGAUUUUCCGACUCGUCCUUCCACGUGACCUACAUAGACAAGGCAAAGUGGAGUGUGGAGAUAACUUGCGAAGGCGUCACCGGACACGGCUCGCUUAUGCUGGACAACACCGCCGCGGAAAAAAUGCAGGUCAUAGUCAACCGUUUUUUGGACUUGAGAGCGAAAGAGAAAACGAAGUUAGAUUCUGGGAGCGUCGGUGACGUGACAUCUGUAAAUCUUACGAAAAUCACUGGUGGUGUAGAAGACAACAUUAUACCCCAGAUUGUGAAGAUUCUAUUUGAUAUUCGUCUGGCGCCUAGCGCCAGUCACGAAGAGCUCGAGGCCAUCAUCCAAAGCUGGUGCAAGGAAGCUGGUACGGGAGUAACUUACAAGUUUUGUAAGAAGAAUCCUAAGAUCGAAGGCACCAAAGUUGACGAUACCAAUCCCUUCUGGAUGGCUUUCAAGAAAGCUGCCGAUGAACUCGAUAUAGAGCUCAAGUUGACAAUUAAUACCGCUACCUCGGACGCUCGCUUUUUACGUCAGAUGGGCAUCCCCGUUUUAGGAUUCUCGCCGAUAAACGAGACGGAAAUUCGCAUCCACGCUGACAACGAGUAUCUGAACAAAAAAACAUUUCUCAGAGGAAUAGAGAUAUAUACCAAAAUAAUACCGGCAAUCGCAAAUGUUUAAAAACGAACACGCAUCGACUGUCCCUUUUCUUCUUUAUAGAUAUUCCCGGCAAAUAAAAUAUUUUCGUGGAACUUUCUAUGUUAUAUACAUAACGAAACUGCAGAAACAAAAAUCAUGAUGGAAGCGAAUUUCUUGUGGUGAGCGUUUCUUUUAUUAAACAAAAAGGUAAAAAAAGACGCCAAGUACAAGCGCAACACGUAUUGUGUUAUUUUCAGAAAUUUCAAACUCA